AUGGCGCAACCAACGUCGACGAUGGCCGACCACUUCCGAGCCGUGCUGCACUUCCUGCGUGCCAACAUCGACGCCAGCGGGAAUGAUCCUGACAGGGUCGCCCCGUUGGCGCAGUCGGCGAAGGCGUCCCUCUUCGAGUGCCUGGGGAGAGUGCGCAGUCUGAACUUCAACGACGCGGCCGACUGCAUCGCCCUGCUCUCCGACAGCUCUUUCACUGCACCGCAGAGGGCCGAGAUCACCGAUGCCGUGAACGUCAAAGCCACGCACGUUGGAGCGACCGCGCCGGGCGGCCGCAGGGCGAAGGCCCAGGUGUUCUUCACGCUGCAGCACUUCAUGACUAACCGCGAUUGGGUUCAACUCGGAGACGCCGCCAUGCCAACCAACCAGAAGUUACGCGUGAUCGCGAGGAGGUUUGAACGCCUCGGUUGCGUGUUCCCUACUGAACCCACGUUGAUCCACGCCGUCGGGAUGUUGUUGCUGCACAACAACAGCGGGGACAUCAACAACGUCGAUCCGACGAACGCUUGGACCCUGAAGAACGACCUCAAGAACAUCCUGCAGCAGGUCAGAGCCAGGGUCAGGCUGGCGCACUACGGGCAGGUGGCCAGAUUCCCUGACAACCCGCACAUGCUGCACCAGAUCUACCCGCACAUCUUCGAGAGCGUCUACGAGUCCGACCCGCCGGCGCCGAACCAGGUGAACGAGAUGCUGCUUCACCAGCUCAGGAACCAGCUGCCGUGCCGCAAGACCCACACCGCAAUCGCCAGCCACGGCAGGAUGCUUGCGAUCACCGACGGCCGCACCAACCACCCGCAGCAGCAGAACGCACUCGCCCAGCUCGCUAUCGGCCUGAUGGCCGGCGGUGGCGGCGGAGAGAUUCCUUGCCUCCCAGGCUUUCGCUUGACCCCGCUCGGCCAGGAUAUCGCCAGCGGCCGUCGCCAGCAGCCUCCAACGACGCCGGCUACCGUGGCGGCGCCUGCAGCGGUCGGAGACGCAGCCGCGGUGGCGCUCGCGGUGGCGCCCGCGGCGGGGCCCGCGGCGGGGGCGCCGCUGGCCUUGGCGGACGAGGACGGCAUCGAGGUCGCGGCCGCUGGCCUCGAGGAUGCUGUUACCCCAAGCCCGAAGCCCAAGGCCGGCAAGGGCUCGGGCGGCAAGGUCAAGAUGUCCAUCGAUGAGAUGGCGGACUCGUUCGCCAAGAAGCUGAAGAAGGACAUCGCGCAGCCAGAGAAGCUUGUCCCAGCCGCCGGCUCCGUGUGCAAGCGCCCUGCAGCGGCCCCUGUCAUGAAAAAAGCCAAGCCAGCAGCGGUCUCUUCGGACACGGUCAUGACAAAAGCCAAGGUGGGGACCAGCAAGAAGGUGUGGCCUCUGAAGUACCCAGGGGUUCCCAAGGCCGAGAAGGACGCGGUGACGGUGGGAGACUUUCGCCUCAUGACGGACAUGAAGCGGCAGCAGUGGCGCAUCAGGAAAAUUGGAACGCGGCCAGACAAGGCCUUCAGCUGGAAGGUCGACGGGGCCGCGUCGUGGAAGCGCAUGGCUGAGUAUUGGCAGAAU